GUGAUUGCGGGGAGGACCGCGUAACAGUCUAGAACCGAUACUGUACAUCAAAAUACUGUACAUCUCAAUAAAGUUUAUUUUUACAACCCCCCCCAAAAACUGUCAUGGCGGCGCCCAGAGCAGACGACUGGAGUUGGUUUCCUGCAUUAGCACUUGGCGUUUCUUUCAUGAAAUGUAUUUUGAUAAACGCAUAUCAUUCCACAGAUUUUGAGGUUCACAGGAACUGGCUCGCCAUCACUCACAGCUUUCCUGUGUCAGAAUGGUACCAUGAGAACACCUCAGAGUGGACCCUGGACUACCCUCCUUUGUUUGCCUGGUUUGAGUAUGGCCUGUCCCACGUGGCUCAGCACUUUGACAAGGAGAUGCUGGUGGUUCAGAAUCUCCUCUACACCAGUCCUGCUACCGUCCUUUUCCAGAGGCUCUCUGUCAUCGUGACGGACAUGGUCUUCAUUUACGCUGUCAAAGAAUGCUGUAGAAGUGUGAGAGAAGAGAAGGGUUCCAAGGACCUCCUGGGGCAUCCAUUUUUCAUCCUGGCAGCUCUGCUUUUGUGGAACUUUGGCCUCCUCAUCGUUGACCACAUUCAUUUCCAGUACAAUGGAUUCCUGUUUGGAAUACUACUGCUAUCAGUGGCAAGACAUUUACAGGGCAGACACCUGGAGGGGGCGUUGCUCUUCGCUGUUCUCCUGAACCUGAAACACAUCUACCUGUACAUUUCUCCUGCCUACGGGAUCUUCCUGCUGCGGAGCUACUGCUUCACCGAGGACAACACAGGUAACAGAGAUGGCUCUGUGAGAUGGAGCAGUUUCAGUCCUGUUCGUCUGGUAGCUCUGGGAUCUAUCGUGAUCUCUGUCUGCGCUCUGUCCUUUGGUCCGUUCAUUGCUAUGGGCCAGCUCCCCCAGGUCCUUUCCAGACUCUUCCCCUUUAAGAGGGGCCUGUGCCACGCCUACUGGGCCCCUAACGUCUGGGCCCUCUACAACAUGGUGGAUAAAGCUCUGUCUGUGCUGGGUGUGCGUCUGAAGCUGUUGGAUGUGGCAAAGCUUCCCAAAGCCUCAAUGACUGGUGGAUUGGUGCAGGAGUUCCAGCACUCUGUCCUCCCCUCCGUCUCUCCCUCCAUCACACUCAUCUGCACUCUACUCUCCAUAAUGCCUGCAGUGUUGAGUAUCUGGCGUCGUCCGCGUGGUGCCCGGGGGUUCCUGCGCUGCCUGGUGAUCUGUGCCCUGGGCUCCUUCAUGUUCGGCUGGCAUGUCCACGAGAAGGCCAUCCUCAUGGCCAUACUGCCCUUCAGCAUACUAGCAGUUGAGAGCAGAGAGGAUGCUGGGAUCUUCCUGAUGCUGACCACCACAGGGCAUUACUCUCUGUUUCCACUUCUCUUCACUGCAGCAGAGCUGCCCAUCAAAGUCCUGCUGAUGCUGCUGUUCACGCUCUACAGCUUCACCUCCUUAAAGAAACUGUUCAGGGGUUCCCUCCUUAACCCUCUGGAAACCACCUACCUCCUGGGCCUGGUUGCCGUAGAGAUCCUCUGUGAGGUUGUUUACCCUCUGUCGCCGUGGCAGCAUACCCUGCCCUUCGUGCCCCUGCUGGUGACAUCCGUGUACUGCUCUCUGGGAGUCUCUUACUCCUUCAUACGCCUCUACGUCUCUCUACUGAGGCAGGACGGGACAGACAAACACAAACAACUAUGAGACAGAGAGAGACACUAGUGAGUAGUGACCAAUUCACAAUCAACCCCUGUGUUGUAUCCCAAAUAGUAUACUAUUCCCUGUGUAGUGCAUUACUUUUGACCAGGGCCAUAUAGAAUGUCAUUUGUGAUGCACUCUUUGUCUUACGUUGGUGUGUAAAGAAAAAGGGUGGCGUUUCAAACUUUCUGCGAUUCUGUUACGAGUCCAUCCAGAGCAGAUCUUCAAGUGUGCAUCUAGAAGUGUAGAUUUGGGAUGGGAAACACCAAGGAACAGUCACUUAUAAAUGCACAAUCGAAGAUCGGCUCUUGGAGGAUGUAUCAUAGCAUGAAUAAUAUGUCUGUCUGAAUGUGUGAAAACAAAAAGAACUUUGACCAAAUGUCACUCAAAUGACAAUGGAAAAGUGGGGAAAUAGUAUGGAAUGGGAUGAAGUUCAUGCUGUAUUUCUUAUGUUUACAAAUAAAAAGAUAAUAAACAGA